AUGGGAUAUUCUGCAAGAUCUAAACCUAAGUUAAGAGCUAAAGCCGCUAAAGUUGCUGCUAAAGGUUCAGACUAUUCAAGAACUGAGAAGGAAAGAAUCAAAAGAAUAGCGGAAAAGGGCAUAGAAAACCUUGAAAAGCAGAAAAAGGAGAAAGAGCACGAUGGAGGAAUGGAUACAGAUACAGUUGCGGACUUAAAGUCGAAGAUAUCGACUUCCGGAUGGAGAAAAACAAGAAGUGCACAAAGCAAGCGUCGGAAAGCCUUAAAGAAGCAUCGUAAGACGCUGAAGUUCUAG